AUGUCCAGCAUGACAUUUUUAUCUCCUCCUCUCUCUAUCUUUCCCUUUGUCUUUAUUGCACCGCUGUGUGACCGCUGUCUCUGUCGUCCAUUCAAAAUUGCUAUCUGCCCCUUACAUCAAUAUGUGUUAUUACGAAAGCAGAUAAAACAUUAUGAUUAUCAAUUUUACAUUACAUCCCAAUUUUACCCUAAUUCCUUCUCUCUUUCUUCUGUAAUUUUUCCCCUUCCUUUCUUUCCUUCUUUCUUUCUUUCUUUCUUGCUUUCUUUCUUUCUUUCUUUCUUUUUACUCUUUGUCAGAAAUAUUUCGCGGUAUGUCCAAUCACUAUCUAAAUCUGCACAGUCCAAUCUAUCUAUCUAUCUAUCUAUCUAUCUAUCUAUCUAUCUAUCUAUCUAUCUGUAUGUCUAUCUAUCUAUCUAUCUAUCUAUCUAUCUAUCUAUCUAUCUAUCUAUCUAUAACUUACGAUUCAUUAUCUAUCUAUCUAUCUAUGUUUGUUGUUGGCUUUUCUAUAUGGCUGAUAGGUACCUUUACUUUACCUUACGGUUCAUUAUCUAUCUAUCUAUCUAUCUAUCUAUCUAUCUAUCUAUCUAUCUAUCUAUCUAUCACUUACGGUUCAUUAUCUAUCUAUCUAUCUAUCUAUCUAUCUAUCUAUCUAUCUAUCUGUCACUUACGGUUCAUUAUCUAUCUGUUAUGGUCCGGUUCCUUGUACCACGAUCCCAUAACACUAUCUAUCUAUCUAUCUAUCUAUCUAUCUAUCUAUCUAUCUAUUUUGUUUAUUUCUUUCUCUGUUUUAAUUCCACUUUUUAUUCGUAUAUUUUUUAUCAUUUUUUAGCGCGUCUUCGUUCACAGUUUUUCUUCACUUUUUUUUAUUCUUAUUAUACUGAUCGUAUAGUUUGGUCGAAAUCGAUUUUUCCGCUUCUUUAUAAUUGCCCUAGUAUUUUAUUCCUUCUUUUACUUGAAAGCAGCUUUCAUCGUUUUCAUUCUUUCCUCUUCUUUCGACGCCUUCAUCAGAUUCUUCAGAAAAAUACAUUCCCUCUUUUUUUUUGCUUAAUUUUACUCUUUCCUGAUCUUGAGCGAGAUUUGUCCCAAGUUGUUAUUGUCCCAUUUAUUCCCCUUUUACUAUUCAUGUUUUCUUUUCUUUCUUCUCGAUAG